AUGCAUCCGAAGAAAGUCCUCAUUAUCCUCAGCGACGCGCACUCCUUCCCCCUGAAAAGGAAUAGCGGACACGAUGCCGGCAAGGUUAUUGACCAGCCUUCAGGGGUUUUCCUGCAAGAGCUCGCAAAGCCGUUAAGCAAAAUACUGAGGGCAGGUCACGAGGUAACAUUCGCUUCACCAAAAGGCCAUGAACCUGGCCUGGACCCAAGCAGCCAAUCACUCGUUGCACAUGCUGGCAAUUUUUACGAACGUCAACGCGAAUACAAUCUUAUCGAACGCAUGAAGCGCGAGAACGGGUUUAGUAGCCCGCGACCAUUCAGCGCCAUCAGCAAUGAUGAGUUGGCUACCUUCGCGGCUGUCUUCAUCCCGGGUGGACACGCACCGCUUCGAGAUCUGGGAGGGGAUGCAGAGCUUGGGCGAAUUUUACGUUACUUCCACGAAGAGAACAAACCCACAGCUGUGAUCUGCCACGGGCCGUACGCCCUGUUGAGUACAAAGAAGGCAGGAGAUGGGUCGUUUGUUUAUGAUGGGUACAAGAUCACGUCGUGGAGCGAUGCGGAGGAGAAUUUGAUGGAGACUCUAUGGGGUGGCGAGGUUGAGAAAGUUGAGUCAACGUUGAGGAAGGAAGGUGCCGUGAUGGUUGAGGGUGUACGUGAAAAGACUGGUGGUACCACAUUGCAUCGGGAGCUGGUCUCUGCGGGUAAUCCGUUGGCGGCAAACGCCCUCGGUGAUCGAUUUCCUCGAGGCAUGGGCCCACCCGCUGGGCCUGGAAGCAUUUCACUCAAGCAGGAAGGGCUCGACAAUGGGGAUACUAUGAACCCAUUUGUGAACGACCCUGGCAUGAGUAAAAAGGGAGAGGGUGAGACGGACAGUGUAAAAGUGAAGGGAACCGUUAGGACGGAUCGACCUCAGGUGUGA